CUGAACAGGAAAAUCCUGAGGACUCCAUGCCAGAGAGCCUGGAGGCUGGUUGGCCAACCAACAUUGUGUGUGUUCUUAAGUCCUCCUGUCUCAACACUAGCCAGACUUGAGUUUCACCCCUGCCUGCCUGUGUCUGUCCCCUGCAAAGCCAUGUGGCUGUACCUGGUGGUCCUCGUGGGCCUGUACUACCUCCUGCGCUGGUACCGGGAGAGGCAGGUGGUGAGCCACCUCCAGGACAAGUUCGUCUUCAUCACGGGCUGUGACUCGGUCUUCGGGAACCUGCUGGCCAGGCAGCUGGACCUGCGAGGCUUGAGGGUCCUGGAUGCAUGUCUGAUGGUGCAGGGGGCGGAGCAGCUGAAGGGCCAGACGUCAGACAGGCUGGAGACAGUGAUCCUGGACGUCACCAAGACUGAGAGCAUCACUGCAGCCACCAAGUGGGUAAAGGAACAUGCGAGGGACAGAGGCCUCUGGGCCCUGGUGAACAAUGCUGGUGUAGGCCUGCCCAGUGGUCCCAAUGAAUGGCUGACCAAGGAAGACUAUGUGAAGGUGAUCAACGUGAACCUGGUGGGACUGAUCGAAGUGACUCUCCAUAAGCUGCCCAUGGUCAAGAAAGCCCAGGGCAGGGUCGUCAAAAUGUCCAGCUCUGGUGGCCAUGUGGCUGUCAUUGGUGGCGGCUACUGCGUCUCUAAGUUUGGCGUCGAGGCCUUCUCUGACAGCAUCAGGCGUGAGCUCCACUACUUUGGGGUGAAAGUCAGCAUCAUUGAGCCGGGGAACUACCGGACAUCCAUUCUGGGCAAGAAGGACCCGGAGGGCAUGGAGAAGAGCACGUGCAAGCUGUGGGAGCGGCUGCCUCAGGAGACCCGCGAGAGCUAUGGAGAGGAGUACUUCCAUAUCUAUACUGACAAGUUAAAGAACACGAUACAGCUGGCAGAGUCAAGGAUCAGUGAAAUCACUAACAGCAUGGAGCAUGCUACUGUUUCCCAGAACCCCCACAUCCACUACAACCCUGGCCUGGAUGUCAAACUCCUCUACCUCCCCUUGGCUAAGUUUCCCACCCCUGUGACAGAUUUCAUCCUGAGGCGGUACCUUCCAAGGCCAGCAGACAGUGUCUGACCUGGGGAAGCCCAAGGGGU